CCUUAAUUAGUCAAAAACAAAUGCAUAUGGUACACUCAUUCAAUCCCAAAUGAACAAUCCGAUCCAAAUGUCCAAAUAAAAAGGGGAGUUCGGAAGGCUCGUAGUAUCCACUUUUGUAUUCGAAGUCUCAACAAUUCAGAAAUGGGAGAAGGAGAGGAAGAUUGCAGGACAAUCCCAGCCAUUGAUCUGAAAAAAUUUCCAGAUGCAGAAGAGUACAGGAAGCUGAGGGAAGCAUCAGAGACAUGGGGAUGCUUCAGGCUUGUGAACCACAUGAUCCCACCGGCUCUGAUGUCAGAGAUGAAAUCAGUGGUCAGAUCUUUGCUGGACCUGCCCAUGGAGAUCAAGAAGCAGAACAAGGAUGUGAUAGCGGGCAGUGGGUACAUGGCUCCCAGCAAAGUCAACCCUCUCUACGAAGCUUUGGGGCUCUACGACUUGGGAUCGGGUCAGGCUGUCGACAGCUUUUGCUCUCAGUUGAAUGCUUCUUCCUACCAGAGAGAGGUGAUAGAGAAGUAUGCGCAAGCAGUGUAUGAGCAGAUUGCGGACAUAGGAAAAAGGUUGGCAGAGAGUUUAGGGUUGGCUGAUAGUGAUUAUCUCAAAGGGUGGCCCUGCCAGUUCAGGAUAAACAAGUACAACUUCACUCCUGAAUCAGUUGGAUCCUCUGGUGUACAAUUACACACAGACUCAGGAUUUCUAACCAUUCUUCAAGACGAUGAAGAUGUCGGUGGUUUGGAAGUGAUGGACAAAUCCGGCGCCUUUGUAGCCGUUGAUCCUUGCCCAGGCACUCUCCUUGUUAAUCUCGGAGAUGUUGCUAAGGCAUGGAGCAAUGGGAGGUUGUGCAAUGUGAAGCAUAGAGUACAAUGCAGGGAGGCAACAAUUCGAAUUUCGAUCGCUACAUUCCUCUUGGGACCGAGGGAGAAAGAGGUAGUGGAAGCUCCACCGGAAUUUGUGGAUUCCGAGCACCCUCGACUUUACGUUCCUUUUAGUUACGAAGACUACAGAAAGCUCAGACUCUCCACAAAACUGCAAGCUGGUGAAGCCCUUGCACUCGUACGCACCCCCUCCUAAGUUUGCUGAUGUGGCACCAGAGAGAAAUGAGCCUAAUGCCAAAAUAAACUAUAUUACAGAUCAUAUAAUAUCUUGAAAUAAGUAACUUCAUAUUAAGUUGUUGCCUAAUUGAACAGGUUAAACCAGAUUUGUUCAGAUAAUCUCUCUGUUCCUUCUGGUUCUACUUUCUAGUGGAGAUUUCUUCAGAAUUACAAUUUUGUUAAGAUCUUAGAGUAGUCAAUCAACCCAGCAAUUUGGUUCUAAGGGGAGAAAACCUAUGGUGUCGGUAGGAUAUUUUUUCUUGAGUCUACAACGUGCAUUAUGUAAACAUGACGUGAUGAAUGUGAUAGGCACAAGAAAAUAUAACU